AUGGCUGUACCCAUCAUUCCUCUCGCAGCAGGCAUUGCCCUGAUACUCUUCACCAUCUACAAGUUCAUCAUCUUUCCAGCUUUCAUAUCGCCUCUUGCUCGCAUCCCCAACGCCCACUGGACGGCCCCCUUCUCACCCUUCUGGAUCUUGUUCCAUCGCCAACAGCAAAACGACACAACAACAAUCCACCAGGCUCACGGUCGACUUGGCCCUGUAAUCCGCCUCGCACCAAACGAGAUCUCGGUCAACUCAGUCGAUGGCGGCAUUCGGACGAUCUAUGCGGGUGGAUUCGAGAAGGGCAACUGGUACUCGAAUGUCUUUUCUAACUAUGGCGUUGAGCCAAUGUUUGCCAUGGAAGGACAUAACGAGCACUCCAAGCGAAAACGUAUGCUCUCAAACGUCUAUGCAAAGUCGACAUUGCAGAGCAGUCAGGCUCUCUCUAAGCAAACGGACAUCCUGCUUCGAGAGAGGCUGCAUCAACGUCUGAAAGCUGAAGCGGACUCCGGAAAGACAAUCGAGCUUUACGACAUCUUCUCAGCUGUAACAAUGGACUUCGUCUCCGGCUACGUCUUCGGAUUGAAGAACAAUAGUGAUCAUAUUCGCCGGAAGGAAGAAGGCAUUCAGCUCUUUCAGGAAUUUAAAGCCAGGCAGAAGUACACUUUCUGGCCGCAGGAAAUGGCAGGUUUCACCAACUUCAUGAAACGAUUGGGCUUGAAGUGGUUGCUGGUACCGACCUGGGUUGACAAGGCCAACCAAGAUCUCGAGAACUGGCUCAUGAGCAUGUGCGACAAAGCCGAGAGCACUCUCAAGGCGAGCGAGAGUGGCGAGGAAGUCGCAAUUGAAGACUAUCCGAACGUGUAUGCGCAGUUGCGUAACACGCUGCUCAAGGAUGCGAUGAAAUCAGAGAAGACAGACGUAAAUGUUCCUAUCCAGCAACAGGUGGAGAAUCUACGAUUACAGAUCGCAAGCGAGUUGCUGGACCACACACUCGCGGGCUUCGAUACUUCUGGAAUCACGCUGUCAUGGCUAGCGUGGCAAUUGAGUCGACCGGACCAUCAAAACUGGCAACGAAAACUGCAGGAAGAGAUCAAGACCCUCAAUGGCAGCCUCGACGCCAAAGCCAUCGACAACCUCCCUACCUUGCACGCCAUUCUCAUGGAAACCCUUCGACUCCACGCCGCAAUCCCAGGCAACCAACCACGUAUGACCCCAUCCACACCCACAACUCUCGGCGACACCGAGUCGGGCAUCACAUUCGCCUCCCUCCCACCCAACACCCGCGUCCAAGCGCAAGCCUGGUCCCUCCACCGCAACCCCAAAGUCUUCCCCAACCCGGACUCCUGGCAUCCCGACCGCUGGAUAGACAGCGAUCCCCAAAUCCAACGCGAGAUGUCCCGGUGGUUCUGGGCGUUCGGGUCUGGAGGCAGGAUGUGUGUGGGAAGCAAUUUGGCUGUGCUGGAUAUGAAGGCUACGGUGGUGGGUUUGUGGGGCAGUUUCAGCACGGAGAUUUUGGAUGAUGAGGGCAUGGUGCCGAAUAGUGGGUAUAUGGCUGAGCCGCUUGGGGUGGGAUCUGGUGGGAAGAAGGGGAUUGGGAGGGAUAGGAGGUUUUUGAGGUGUAAGUUGACGGAAGUGGAGAAGACAGGUUAA